AUGGCCUGUCCUCACCUGGAGGCAGCCAAUCUUAGCCCUCCGAACCCCUCCCAGUCGGUUUAUCGCGAAGAUUGCACACAAUGUUUUGACUCUCUCGACGAUGUCGACGGUCUCGAUGUUUGUCUCCAGUGCUUCAACGGCGGCUGUGCUGGCGACCGCGCGCAUAGCCGUCUCCACAGCGCCCUCCGAUCUCAUCCUCUCAUCCUAAAUAUUCGUCGUACCCGAAAGAAAGUCGUUCGCGAUGAGCCACCUGCGAAAAUGUCCAAACUGGCCAUCGCCGCCGAGACGGACGAAGACCGCUUCGACACAGCUCUGAAGGCGCGAUGCCUCGAGUGUAACAUUGACCUCGACGUCGCAGGCCCCAAGUUGGCCCCUGUUAUUUCAGGCGUGAUGAAGGCAAACACGUUCUCUCGCAGUGAGGAAGUCAAGGCCUGGGAACAAGAGCUUACCAGCUGCGAGCACGUUCUUUUGAUGCAACAAGCUGAAUCCCGCAAGAUUGAGCAGGGAGCUCUCGGUCACUGCUAUGCUUGCGACCUGAGAGAAAACCUGUGGCUCUGCCUGGAGUGCGGCAAUCUCGGAUGCGGCAGGAAGCAGAUGGGCGGCGUUGAUGGUAACUCUCACGCGCUGGCGCAUUCUAAUGAAUCAUCGCACGGCGUUGCUGUUAAGCUGGGCUCUAUUACCCCAGAGGGAACCGCCGACAUCUACUGUUAUAAGUGCGAUGACGAGCGCAUCGACGAAAACCUGGGCCAGCACCUUGCUCACUGGGGCAUCAUGCUUGCCGACAGAGAAAAGACCGAAAAGAGCUUGACCGAAAUGCAGAUAGAGCAAAACUUGCGCUGGGAUUUCAGUAUGACGACAGAGGACGGCAAAGAACUUAAACCUCUGUUUGGCCCUGGCCUCACCGGCCUGAAGAACCUGGGCAACAGCUGUUAUAUGGCGAGCAUCAUGCAGUGCCUCAUGGAUAUGCCGGCCUUCCGCGAUCGCUACUACCGCCCCAAUGACGAUCUUCCAAUUGUCGAUGAUCCGGCCACUGAUCUCGAAACCCAAUUGCGAAAGCUGGCCGACGGGCUUUGGUCGGGUCGCUACUCCAAGCCAGAUCCUGCACUGACAAAUGAGAAUGGCAUAGCACACCAAAAGGGUCUCGCACCCGCCAUGCUCAAGCAUUUGAUCGGGCGAGGUCACGCUGAAUUUUCGACCAUGCGUCAACAAGACGCAUUUGAAUUCCUUCAACACAUCUUCAAGAUCAUCACGCGAUCCAAGCAUGAUCAUGCCCUUGUGGAUCCCACCAAGGCGUUUCGAUUUGUCUUGGAACAAAGGCUACAGUGCUUGUCUUGCCGAAAAGUCAAGUAUAGUACCAAUGAGCAAGAUAGUAUCUUCAUUGACGUCCCCCUCGAAAAGCUACCAGCUGCUGAAGGAGCGGAUGCGCAACCCGAAGCUUAUAAGCCUGUAACAUUGAAGGACUGUCUAGACAAUUUUACAGGAGCCGAAAAGGUCGAGCUGACUUGCUCAGCAUGUGGAAGCAAAGAUGGAUUCACCAAACAGUCUCUUUUCAAGACAUUUCCCGAAACUCUCGUUGUCAACGCUAGAAAGAUGACGGUGGUCAAUUGGGUUCCAGUCAAAGUCGAUGUCCCUGUCAUCGUACCGGAUGAGCCUUUCCUUCUCGAUGGUUAUUUGGGAAAGGGUCAACAGCCAAGUGAGGAGCUGUUACCAGACGAGCCAGAGACGCAAGCACCGGCGUUUGUGCCCAAUGAGGCUGCCCUUGCGCAGCUCGAAGCCAUGGGAUUCCCCCGCAACCGCUGCGAAAAGGCCCUUCACGCUACGGGCAAUUCUGAUGCCAACGCUGCCAUGGAAUGGCUCUUCGGUCAUAUGGAGGAUCCCGACAUUGAUGCACCACUCGUCAUCCAGGGGCAGUCUAGCGGCGGCGCGUCAACAGCCGAUCCCGAGAAGAUCGAAAUGCUGGGUGCCAUGGGUUUCGCUGCCCCUCAGGCAAAGAAAGCUCUCAAGGAGACAGGCGGAGAUGUAGAGCGUGCCGUCGAAUGGCUAUUCAGCCACCCCGACGACCAAGGCGAAUACGAUGAUGAUGGCGCAAGUGCAGAGCCUAUUGCUCCGCAGGAUCCUCCAGGAACAGCGACGUUGCCCGCGCGCUUCCAGCUCCAAUCCAUUGCCUGCCACAAGGGAACCAGCAUUCAUGCUGGUCAUUAUGUAGCGUUCCUGCGAAAGCCAAACCCCGAGGACGCCAGCGGGUCUACUUGGGUGCUCGUCAACGACGAAAAGGUAGUUGAGGCGCACGAGGUGGAGGAAAUGCGCAAGUUUGCAUACGUAUACUUUUUUUCGAGAUGCUAG